ACUUGAUCAUUUCUGACUCUAAUUUUGUGGUCAAAUUCUCAAGAGACAACUUAUCUGGGCAAAUUUUUUUAAGAGGUCAAAAACAUUAAAAUCAAAUGACAAUGGUAUUAAUAUUUAAUUUAUUUAGUUUCAGAUUAGGACAAUAUAUUUCAGGAAAAAAGUCAUGAAUGUUUCGAAUUUUUUAAUAUUUUUUUCAAUUACGUUUUUACGAUUUAUUUUGUCUUCAUCAGAAAGUAUCAAAAUUGCUCCUAUUGUAGAACCGUUUGUUGCUCAAGCGGGAACGGAUGAUACGUGGGGCAAAAUUGUCGGUAUGGCAGGAACACUGCAAGGCAUCUUGGGAAGUAGCGCUGAAUUUUCAUUCACGGACAAACUGAAGUACUCUAACUUAGGACAAUUACUGAUGUUCUACACACAAAAAGUUGAGGAGAUAUCAGGCAUUGUGAGUGUUGUCAAGUGUUCUACAUACUUAGAUGAUCUAGAAGUAAUGAAGACCAACUUUUCAACUACGAUGUCCAUGAUUAUUUUAGAAAGAGGCUGUCCUAGACCAACACCGAAUGUAGGAUUCGGGAUCCCUUAUCUCAAAGAUAUGCACGAUAUUGUCCCUUUUAUAGUAGAUAUUAGAAGUGAUAACAGACUUUUAGAUAAAUGGGACGAUAUUGUCAUUUUACAUGAUAAUACUGUAGAUCUGAAUUCCUUGGAGACAAUUGUCGUCAUGCUUCAAACAAUGGAUGUUCGAAAACGCUCAACUACCAUAACAAUUUAUAAUGUUUGCCAAGUUGGCAACUGUGAAGAUAUGACAUUCACCAUCCACGAAUCAUUGCUUCCAUAUUCUAUUUUAGAUUUUCCGAAACAUUUCUUGAUUCUUUCUACUGGAAAAGCUUUUCGAAAAGUAAUCGACCAGGCGAAAAAACUGCGGAUGCUGGACGGUGAUCGUCAGUGGCUGUAUGUAGCUACUGAACAUCUUGUUGACUCGGAUGUGACAAUUGCAGCCAACAGCCUACCGCCAGAGGCUAAUGUAGCUCUAGUGUAUCCAGACAGUCCUAACCCAGAGGAAGAAUGUUUAGGACCUCGUGGUUGUCAGACUGAGGUAGCAUUAAAAACUUAUGCAAGCAGUGUACGUGAUUUAAUAGAAAAAGGAACGUAUAUCAUUAAUUCUACAGAAAACAGAGCGAUGACAAAAAAUAAGUUGCGCAGCUACAUGCUGGAUUAUUUUAGAAAAGAAACCACUUGUGGUGGUUGCUUGAAUUUGGUGUUAAAAACAACCGCUUACCUUCAGGGUGACAAAAAAGUAGCCGACACUGUAGAUGAUUAUGAAACAGUUGGUAAUUGGAACCUUUUCGGUGGACUUCAACUACAUGGUCCCUUAUAUCCAAAAACGACGGGAAAUUUUCGAAGCAGGAAAAUUUAUAUUGGCAUAACAACAGGAGCUCCUUGCGCUGUCAUUACUACGGAUCCCGAUGGUAAACGCCAUUACAGGGGUUUAGCUGUGGAUUUUGUUCAAGCUAUUUCAAAGGAAAUGAAUUUCACGUAUGAGUUCCUAGUACCAGCUGAUAACCAAGCGGGGAGAAAAUUACCUCAUGGUGAAUGGUCUGGAAUGAUUGGACAGAUAGUUAGAGGGGAAGUUGAAUUUGCGGCGCAGUGUUUCUAUUUAACUCCCGAUCGAAUAGAAGUAGUCAACUUCACAACGUCUUUAGAUGAGUUAUCUUAUGCGCUGAUGACGAAAAGACCUCAACAGGAGCAUAAGUAUUUAUUUCUGGCACCUUUCACAUCAGAGACAUGGAUCUGCGUAUUCGUCACAGUGGCACUCAUUGGACCCAUUUUAUAUUUAGUUCACAGAGGAAGCUAUUACUAUCAAUACUACGAUUUAGUAAAUAAUAAAGGCUUAUUCAGGCUCUCCAAUUGUGCUUGGUACACUUUUGGAGCAAUUGUUCAACAAGGUGGUGUUCACUUACCUCAAGCGAUUUCAGGUAGAAUCCUAGUCGCUUUCUGGUGGCUUUUUGUGAUUGUCACGGUAGCCACAUACAGUGGUAAUCUUGUUGCUGUACUGACUUUCCCAAAGAUAAGAAAUCCAAUAAAUAGUUUUGAAGAUAUUCUUAAGAAUAAAGAUAAAAUAAAAUGGGGUGUUUAUGAAGGUGAAGGCCUCACUGAGCAAAUAAAAGGUUCCACGUCGGAAACUUUCGAUGGAAUCAGUCGAGGUUUGACAUUUUAUGACCGAAAUGAUGAAGCAAGAAUGCUGAGGGAAGUCGAGGAAGGUAAACUGGUAUUCAUUGCACCCAAGUUUGAAAUAUUCGAAAUUAUGGGAAAAGCGUACAAUGCUACAAGUUCUUGCGCCUAUUCAGUUGGUACAGCGGACGUGUAUUCAGAAAGUGUUUCGAUAGCUGUUCGUCAAAAUUGGCCGUAUCUACCAUAUGUGAAUAAAGAGAUCGCACGUCUGUUUGAAAGCGGAUUGUUCUUGAAGUGGAAAAGAGAUGCUUUACCGCCGGACAACGAGUGCACUACAUCCUCCAAACCUCAGGCUGGAGAUACCAGGAAGAUAAACCUUUCCCAAAUGGUUGGGUCAUUCUAUAUUUUGCUAUUUGGCAUUUGUGGAGCCCUUUUGGCCCUCUGCUCAGAAUAUGGUUACCUGAUUACCAAAAAUAAAGGAAUACCACCCACUCUGCCAUGCUCCAGAUUCUGUUCUCUUAAUAGAAAUUCUCAGAAAUUUAAAAACCAAAAGCAGUUUAUGCAGACUAAAAUGUACCCAGGUCUUCAUGAUGGCAACAAGAUAAAAAAGGGACAUCGAUCUAAAAAGAACGGACAUUCCAAAACGAUAAAUGGAAAGAUUAAUAAAGGUUUCUUACACGAAGAAUGGGAAAAUAAUCGAAAUUUAGGUCUUACUGAUGCUUAUAUCGGAUUCGAUGAAUACGGUCGAAGAGACAUAUAUUCUAAUUUUGACAAAAAUAAACAAUCGAAAACUAAGUUUGAGUCUACCUUUUCCUCACCUAAGCGUUUUGCAAUUAAGAGAAGCUACGACAACCCUCAGCAUGGUAAGCAGCUCAGAGAAAAGACGGACGUAAUCAGUGAUAUCACCUCUGGAGCCGAGGAAUCUGAUCACCAUUCAAUGGAUUCCGUUGGUGAUUAUAGCCCAACUUCAAACGGGCGAAGAUAUCCGAAAAGGGAUUCUUAUUUUACAUAUGGAAAUAGUGAUUUUCGCAGAUAUUAAUUUAGUCUAGAAUGCAAAGAAUCCAUACAUGUGGCAGAAUGAAAUGCUGUAUGGUAUUACACAAUGGAUCCACAAUUUUUUUAAAAAUUUGCUAAUUGUCACAAGAGCUUCUGAAUAAAGCGUUUAAAACAGAAUAUUAUUUGCUUUACAUUAAAUGUAUAAGCGCUUAAGACUGGAAAUUUUCAAGAAGUUUUCAUUCUUACAACAGUGCACGGAUUGUGUAUUUUGUAUGAAUAAAUAUUUAGUACGAUUGA